CUAUUUUGGUCAGGUUGUGUCUGCUAGAGAGCGUGCAUGUUUUAAUUAUAACUUGUAGCUGUUCAUUGUAUUUACAAUUUUUAAAAACAAGUUUGAUAAUGGUAUACUGGGUGUGUAUUCACAUAACGACCGCCAAGUUGUACGUUUAAAAUCAAAGCACCUCAGGAAAAAUUCGAGAACGAAAAAGCCCAUGAAAAGCGACAGCCACCGUAAACCCCGAGCGAGACGAAAGCGAGAGCGUCUCCUUUAAACGCGGGGCCCGAAGGGAGGCUUGCAAAGCGUCUCUUUGUCGCUAUAGCAACGGACAAGGGGCGGAAAGCGAAUCCUUUUUGUAAACCCCUACUCUCUCUCAGGACCCGCACAGCUCGGGGCUCCGCAAAGAAGACGCGGGUUCAGCUCAAUGUCCGGAGGACCGGCAAUUACAUUUCCAAACUGCUGUUCCCUUUGAUCCAAUGUACACAAGAUGGAGAUCACAGCUGCCAAUGUCAACCAAUCAUGCCACCUCUUUCAUAUGUCUUCCUCAAAUCUGCCAGCAAAUCCAGGGUUUCCAGAAAGGGAGGACGAAGAUCUUACGUGUCUGAAUUGGCUUCACGAGAACACAGAUCUGCUCCAGGAGCUGCGAUUUGGAGGCCAAGAUCCUUUGCCUAAUCUUCCGCCAUCGACACCCAAGCUGGCUCCAAGCCGGGGCUCUAGUAGGCCAGCUUUGCCUUUAGCUGCUCUCGAGCCCAGGACAAAAUCCAAUGCUGCCAAACCCCCUUACUCUUUCAGCAGCCUCAUAUUCAUGGCAAUUGAGGGCUCACCCAACAAGUGCCUGCCUGUAAAGGACAUCUAUGACUGGAUCCUGGCCACCUUCCCUUACUUUCAGCAGGCCCCGGUAGGCUGGAAAAACUCAGUGAGACACAACCUCUCCCUCAGCAAGUGCUUCACAAAACUUAAGAAAGACAAGUGCAAGAAUAUGGGAAAAGGCUCAUUAUGGACUGUGGAUCCAGAAUACAGACCAGCGCUUAUAGAAGCACUUAAUAAAACCAACAGUUUGUGCAUGGGCACCACUCCAGUGAGUUUCAGCACUGAAACCAGCCCGACUUUUGAGACAGUCUAUGAAGCAGAGAGUCGUGAUUUUCAAGAACCCAGGACUGAUGUAUCUUCUGAAAUCAUCUCUACUGAUACAGGACACCCCUGGGAAUUAAGCCCCUUAAACUCAGACCACGGUGAAGAUCACACCUACACCAUCUACAAAAUGGCUGCUUCCAUUGCAGCAGGUGAUAUGACUUCCUUAAGUGAGGGAGUAUUCCAUGUGGACAUGAAUUCUUUUGUGACUGAAGGAGAGGUGCUAGAUGAGUUAGGGGCCAAUGAGUACUGCGAGAUGGAAGAAGGGGAUGACUGUCCAAAAGAUCCCCUGGCAGAUAGUGGCUACAUUGAAUAUCACGAAUACUUUAUACUUGAGGCAGAAAGUGACAACGGCCUGGACCUGCGUGUAGAAACAGUGGAAGUCUUAGAACUGGAUGAAGAAGUUCAUGCAGCUGCCGGAUCGCUUUUAAAUUUAGCUAGAGUUAACUAUUAAACAAAAGAUUUUUCAAUUUUAUUUCAUGUUUAUGGCAAUUUUCU